UCCAUUGUAGUGAGCGCUGUAACAGAAGUGACGAAGGAACAGACCACAAUAGGAACCAGCGGAGCAACAACUCCACUCGAAGAGGCCAGUGGAGAAGAACCUCUCGACAAAAAUGCACUUCCUGAAGUGCAAGCAAGCAAGGACGCAAGCCCAACUGCCAUUACUGCUGGAGAAACAUUGCCAGAAACAACGUCUACUUCACGUACUAUCUCCUCCUCCACACCAUCAUCAUCCGCGCCGACAGAAGCCGGUACAGAGUCGGUUGAAAGCAGCAAUUUGCCUAAGGUUGAGGCGAAUAUAGAAGCGAGCACAAUCGUUCCGGGAUCGACGUUUCCUGUUGUUGUGGUAAUGCCAGAAUCAUCAGUAGCUACAUUAGAAUCUGAUCAAUCCACAACAUCUCCUUCGAAGUCACCCACCACUGGCUCUGGUGAAGUUUCCCCAACAACGGUCAGCGGUCAAGAAGAAGUGCCAGAAUCUAGUACCCCACAUGAAACAACAUCAGAGAAACCCGAAGGAAUAAGUGGUCUACCUGAAGAAGCUAGCGGAGAGGAGCCACUAAAAAAUAAGAAGCUACCUGAAGUAGAAGCCAAUUUGGAUGAGAGUAGCACCACUGCGAAAAUGGUAGAGGGGAUAGUGCCGGUGAUUAUUGUAGGCGUUCCAACAGGUGAAACUACAACAACGCCUAGAGGUGAAGCUUCUACGACAUCAUCCAUGCUGUCUUCCAGUCUUACAAGUGUAGAAGGCAGUUCCAGCACUGUCUCUCCCUCUUCAGUAGCUGUUGGAACAGCUGGAGAGACAACGACACAGUUGGAAGCGAGCGGGGAAGAACAAGCUGGUAGCAGUAAACUGCCAAUCGUGGAAGCUAAUAUAGACGAAAGCGCAAGUACAGUUUCAUCAUCUACCAUCCAUGCUGAUGGAGCGCAGGAGGUAACGGGAAAAGGGUCAAGCGAAAUCCCUAAAACGUCUGCCGAAGAAAGUACGGCUACUACUGUCUCUCCUGAUUCCGAAAGUACAGGAACUGCAGCUAGUACUGUGUCCGAAAGCACCACGGUAGUGUCCAAUCAGGGCGGAGUUACAUCAUCAUUGGGAAAUGAACAGGCGACUGCAGAAGGAAAAGAAUUCACAACGCCAUCUUCCCAAGAGAUUGCGACAAGCACAACAGUGGAAGGUAGCGGAGAAUUACCGAGUGAAAGCAGAAAACUACCUAAAGUGGAGGCGAGCAAUGACGAGAACGUGAGCACGUUACUCGCUACAACCGAAGAAGUUACGGAAGGCCCAGCUGUGACAGAUAAAGGGAUAACACCUCUUAUGGGCUUCCCUCAUCAUCUUGUGGGUCCAAAUGUAACUGUUUCCUCUCGUCCUGAAAGUAGUGUGACGGAAUCAGUGGCUUCGGGCGAAAGCACAAGCACAUCCUCAUCGUCGACCAGUUCCGCUGAGAAUGUAGAAGAAAUUUUUGUUCCAACAGCAGAAAGUCUCUCUAGCACAGUGUCCACAGUAACAAGUGAAUCUUCCUCGCCAACACCACCUUCCUCUACUCUUAGUAAAGAAGAAGCUGAAACCACUAGUAUGAUUUCACAAGAAGGCACUUCAACAACAUUAGGAGGAGAUCAGACGAUUUCACCGAAGGAGGAAACUGCAACAUCAUCAUCCAAAGUAGAUGAAACGACUUUGGCAGUAGAGGGUAGCGGAGAAGGAGCUAUAGAAAGCAAUAAGUUGCCUAGGAUCGAAGCGAGCUUAGACGCAAGUACCUCAGCCGUUUCGGCCGAUAAAACCACAGAGGGCCCCGCUGUUACUUCAGAUAGAGGGCUGACGCCUCUUCUGGUUCUUCCUCACCAUCCUUUGGGUUCAACAACUGUUUCUUCUCAGUCUUCCAGCACCGUG